AUGACCACCCCCAAAAACCAACACAUAGCGCAAACCCUCCUCCUCCGCGCCCACUCCCCGGACACAGCCACCACCCUCUUCACCGAGCGCAUUAAACAGAAACCUCUCUACGUGCGCCCGACCUCCCCGACCCCGGAGGACAACCGUCACCGCCGCCGCCUCCACCGUCUCCGCCGCAAGGACUACUUCCUGCGCCACCAGAAACCCCGGCCCUUGUCCGCGCGCGAGCGGCGCGCCCACCCCGAGGUCUUUGGGGUGCCGACCUCGCGGGCGCGGGCGAAUGCCAAGCACAAGCACAAGCACCAGAACCAGAACCAGAACCACAACCAGACUGAGUCUGAGGCUCAGGGUGACAGUGGGGCCGGGGAUACUGGGGCCGGGGCGGCCGGGGAAUACAAAUACGCCACCUUCAAGGGCCUGCAUGCGCUGUGGGUGGAGUAUAUGCUUUCCGUGCUCGAUCUGAAAGACCCGCGGAGUAAGACGGGGUGUGUGGUUACGCCGAGUUCGCAUGGGAGCAAGCUGGUCAGCUGCGAUUAUCAUGGGGCCGAGGUGGAGGUGGUUCGGAGUCGGUGCGCGAGUCGGGUGGGGUUGAGGGGUAUUGUGGUGCGGGAUGGGAUGUUUGCGUUUACGGUUGUCGGGGAGGGGGAUCAAGUUACGUGGCAAGGGCAAGCACAAGACCAACAGAAGAAGCUCGUGUUCGAGUUGCAUGGCAGCCAGUUCCAGAAUCGGCCGGUGGACCGCGCGAAUAAGAAGUUCAAGUGGAGGAAUGUCGACUAUGUUUGA